CGGGGCAACAGCGGCCGCGGUAGCAGCGCGGUGCCGCCGUCGCUCCUUUCCGCCGGGCUGCCAGCGCCGCCGGCCCGGGGUGCCGCUCCGACAGCCACACACCGCCGUGCUGCCGCUGCCCCCCCCUCCCCCUCCUCCCUCCGCUGCGGCUUUCUCUCCUCCUCCGGCCCCCCUGCCAGCCCCCUCCCUCUCCCUCCCUCCCUCCCUCUCUCCCUCCCUCCCUUCCCCCUUUAUUUUUCUCCGCAAGACUUUGGCUCUGGAAGCAGCUGGUUCAAAGCAAUCGCCAUGUGAUGAGCGGCUGGGUCGUGUGUUUUUUUGUUUUGGGGGGGGGAGGGUGCAGGUUUUUGACUGCAGAGAAAUAUUAAUAAGAAUUUCCGAAACAACAGCAGCAAGAGCAACCUCCUCCCCCCCCCCACUCCCCAAACCUCCUCAAGCUGCAACAGCUUCCCCUCUCCCCCGACACCCCCCAACCCCGGCCCGCUCCACCCUGCCCCACAACCUCCCCCCCUCCCCCCGCCCCUGGCAAGCUGCAGCGAGAGGGUCGACCCCUGAAAGUUGCGCGGAGGCGAGAGCGAUGAGGCAAGAGAGAAGUUUUUUGAAACAGAAAAAUGUGAUUGCGUAAACAUCAUUGUUGGCAGGAGGACUCGGUGGAUUCAGAUAUAACUGUAGGUGCUGCUUGUAUGGAAGAGCUGAGCCACACCGUCCAGUAAACUGUCGAGAGCAGCAGUUGAUUUGCUUGGAAAUCACUUCCAGGACUGUGUUGUCAGUUGCUAUCGACUGAGUUGCCAGAACAUUGCCCUGCAAAGCUUUGGAGGGCCACUUCUUAAUGGAUUGCUGCAACCUCUUAAUUUCUCCAUUGAUCGUGUUCCCUGCAUCGUGAGAACAAUUUAGCCAGCACAAAACCUAGAAAAAUUACAUGGUGUGAACGGCAUGUCUGUGGAUGAGAAGACUGACUCCCCCAUGUAUGUGUAUGAGUCAACGGUGCACUGUACCAAUAUUCUCCUCUGCUUAAAUGACCAGCGGAAGCAGGACAUUCUCUGUGACGUGACGCUGAUCGUGGAAGGGAAGGAGUUCCGCGCCCACCGGGCUGUGCUGGCUGCCUGCAGCGAGUACUUCUUGCAGGCCUUGGUAGGGCAGACGGAAAAUGACCUGGUGGUCAGCCUGCCGGAAGAGGUCACUGUCAGGGGAUUUGGUCCAUUGUUACAAUUUGCCUACACUGCUAAGCUGUUGCUCAGCAGAGAAAAUAUCCAGGAGGUCAUCCACUGCGCUGAAUUCCUGCGCAUGCACAACCUGGAGGACUCCUGCUUCAGCUUCCUUCAGACGCAGCUGCUGAACAACGAAGAUGGCCUGUUCCUGUGCAAAAAAGACACCACCUGUCAGCGCAUGCACGAUGAGGAGAACUCGGAUGGAGACGAGGAGGAGACGAUGGAAUCGGAGACAUCAAAAAUAUCUUGCCCGAGAGAGAGGAUGCACCAAGAGCCCUUCAGUUUUGAAACCACUGUUGCUGGAGCGGACAAAGGCGAAGGGAUGCUGCCUGACUCUGACAUGCUGAGAGACAGCAAGGACAAUUUGGACAAAGAUGCAGUAACACGGUACCCCAGAUACAAGAAAUACCAGCUUGCUUGUACCAAGAAUGUCUACAACACAUCACACAUCAGUACCUCAGGUUUUGCAAGCACAUUCGGCGAAGAGAACUCUGGAAAUGGCCUCAAAUCAGGACUUGCUAUGGGGCAGAUAAAAAGCGAGCCUCAGAACGAAGAGAACGAUGAAGAAAGCAUCACACUUUGCCUGUCUGGAGAUGAACCUGACAUCAGGGAUAAAGAAGGGGAUGUUGAAAUGGACAGGAAACAGCCCAGCCCCACUUGCGUCGACAGGCCAAAAAGUGGGUCCUCUCCUUCUUGCUUGCGAUCUUUCUUCAACAGAACAAAAAGCAUAGAUUUGGUUGGCUUCCCCAGCACUUCCCAACAGCACUUUGGCAGGAGUCCAGCGUGCCCUUUUGAAAAGGGGACAACUCAGGGUGACCACAAAACUGAUUACGUCCCUUUCACGGGGAACUAUGGGCAGUCCCAUGCCAUGCAGAAAGAUGCUUCCAACUUCACGGUGGGAUCGCCGCUCAGGGGGCCCGGCUUUGAAACUCUCUGUAAGCAAGAAGGGGAACUGGACAGGAGGAGUGUUAUAUUCUCUUCGAACGCUUGUGACCAAGUAAACACUUCGGUGCAUUCAUACUCUGGUGUGAGCAGCUUGGACAAAGACCUCACUGAGACUGUGCCAAAGGGUCUGUGGGCUGGCGGUAGCCAGUCUCUCCCCAGCUCUCAGACCUAUUCGCACAGCGGACUGACAGCUGAUCACUUGCCGGGAAGGAUGCGGCCGAACACCAGCUGUCCGGUGCCAAUUAAAGUUUGCCCUCGCUCUCCUCCUUUGGAAACCAGAACCAGGACCUCCAGCUCGUGCUCUUCCUACUCCUACGCGGAGGACGGCAGCGGCGGCUCUCCCUGCAGCCUUCGCCUUUGCGAGCUCUCCUCUUCCCCUUGCUCCCAAGGCCCCCGAUUCCUGGCUCCCGAGCACCAGGAGCCCGGCGUGGUGGGGGAUGGAUUGUACAACCCGGUCCGAGCCCAGAUUAAAUGUGAGCCAUCCUAUGGAACAAACUCCAGCGAUGAGUCUGGGUCAUUCUCAGAAGCAGACAGUGAAUCAUGUCCUGUGCAAGACAGAGGGCAUGAGGUGAAACUUCCUUUUCCUGUUGAUCAAAUCACAGAUCUUCCAAGGAAUGAUUUCCAGAUGAUGAUCAAGAUGCACAAGCUAACCUCAGAGCAGCUCGAGUUCAUCCACGACGUCCGCCGGCGCAGCAAGAACCGAAUCGCAGCUCAGCGCUGCCGCAAGAGGAAACUGGACUGCAUUCAGAACCUAGAAUGUGAAAUCCGCAAGUUGGUGUGUGAGAAAGAGAAACUGCUCUCAGAAAGGAACCAGCUGAAAGCAAGCAUGGGAGAGUUGUUAGACAACUUCUCAUGUCUUUCCCAAGAAGUGUGUAGAGACAUGCAGAGCCCGGAACAGAUCCAAGCUCUCCACCGAUACUGCCCUGUUCUCAGACCCAUGGAUCUCCAGCCGGCCACCACCCUCAGCCCAUCCCCCGCUGGCGUGGAGCAGAGCCUGGUGAGCUCGCAGUGCGUGGGGGAGAGCAUGCAGUGCUGCUCGGAGCAGGGCUCGGUGCCGCUGGCAGCGCCCUGGCUGCCCAACAACAUCGCGGAGAAUUGUUCGGCCGGCGGCGGGUUGGACGGAGCCGACACAGGGGAAAGUAUGUUUCACUCUGUAGAGAAAAAAGUAGUUGACAACUGGAUCGGUUCAUCACACGUUCCACGAAGUAAAGCAAACGGAGAUCACACCAAUACAGUUGGGCGGGGGAGGGGGCUCUUUCUCCAGCCCUGCUCUGCGUCCUUUACUCAUGGAAGCGUCUGCUGCUCCGGCUAGUGCCCAGAGCCUCACCUCAGCUGUCCUCAGACAUUACCUGUUCUCCUCACCAGACCCCAGGUGCCGAGGUGGGUCUGGUGAACUCAGUGAUCCUGCCCGAGUAGGUGGAGUUGCAGGAUCCAGACCCCUAGUUGUUGGUUUCCUUGCAGAAGUCAAGUUAGCGCUGUAUCCUCUUGAGAGCAAAACCUGCGUCUGCCAACACCCGAUUCGGCCGCUUGCCCAUCAAAUUGUUGUGUUCCAGGAUCCUCUCGGCACAAACCGCAGCUAAAAGAGCGCUGUCUCGAAGGAGGCUACUCAGUGAGUUGGCUUAGUUGUAACUGCAUUGGAUUUGCAUCUUCAGCAAUGUUGACUCGUGUUAUGACUGUGUGAGACAGCAGCUUUCCAAGCAUAACAUCUGUAUGUACAGUGUAGACAGGAAAAAGAAAAACAAACAAACAUCCUCCUAAUGCUUUUUUAAUUAUUAUUAUUAUUAUUAAUUAUUAUUAUUAUUAUUCUAAGUGUACUGAGUUUUUAUUUUGUGGUUCUUUGCCCUCCGUUGUGCCAGGUUGCGUGGCUUUAUCGAUGACAACUGUCAUGUGCUUUACUGGCUGAUAUUGUCUGUUCUCGCUGAAAAGAAAACAAAAAUGACCAGCUGUUCACACCUAUUUAAAAACAAAACUAAACACAAAACAAAGGCGUGGGGAAGCAGCUUCUCAGAAGCACUAACUGAUAAUGUGGUCUUCUGGGCUAACGUUUACACUAGAGGUGUGCGCUGGUGUUUUUGAGGCACUCAGUAGAUCAGCAUCUCUUGACCCAGGAGGAGGAAUCAGCUCCCUCUCUCCCACUUCUUCCAUCUGUGCUCAUGGACCGUCACCCACUCACCACAAAGUCUUGCUUUUAUCCUCUUCACACCCAAACCCUUGUAGCCAAGCUACCGAGGAGGAGAUGCAUAUAGCAUGUGCCAUGUUUGUUGAAAGUACCUUUUUUUCCCCUGCCCCCCUCCCCCAGCAUGUACAAAGGAAAACUAGUAUAUAAUGUAGGAGAAUAUUUAUGUUUAAGUAUUAAUCAUUACUGUACAAAAUCCUUACCUUUAAAUGUUCAAAACCGUACAAAUGCCAUAAACUCCUAGUUCACACGGUUGAAAGAGGGGGAGGAGUCAUCCUUUCUUUUUAAAAAGCUUAACCUAAAAAUACCUGAACCCUCUCCCAGCCAUCUUUUGGCAGGUAACUGACUGACUGAGAAGUUCUUUGGCGGGAGGGAGGGGAAUUGAUUUUCCUUUGGAUUCGUUGACGUUGCAAAGCAGUUCUGUGCUUCGCAGAGAAGUUUUGUUUCUAUGAGACCAUGGUGAAAGCUAGAGUUUAAAACUAAAUGUGAAUCACAUUAUA